CCUGCCCCCGUUUCUAGAGCCUCCCCCGAUUGGCCAUCCCACAUUCCUCAUGACCCACUCCCUUUCUUUUCCCUUGUGUCAAGCUUCAGACCCGACGAUCACCGAAGUCGAGUUUGCGAUCCAUCCGCUUACAAAACCGAGCUCCACUGACGUCGAUUCUUGAAUGACGACGGUUUUAUUCGUUCCUUUUUGCUUGCGCUUGUUUGUAGCUCUUCUUGUUCUUGGGUGAAUGCAACCGAAGCUUCCGCGGCAGCUAACGACCUUGGCACCGAGAGCUUCAGCUGUAACAUCAUUUCUUACAACCUCUCAAGCCUUCAACCUUGAACUCAACCUCUCACAUCACCUGCCGAGAACUCACAUCUUCAACGAUGGCCUCAAUUGGCCUCCGGUCCUCCGUGACCACCCGUGCCAUAUACCUCCGAUCCUCCCACCUACGACAAAUCCCUCCAACACAAUACACACGAUGCUACUCCAACUCAACGAAACCCCCCACCUCAAGCUCAAGCUCAAGCUCAAGCUCAAGCUCCGACGAAUCCAUCGCAAGUAGCGCGUCCUCAACACCAAGCAGUAAACUCAAUGUCUUCAGCAGCGAAUGGGAAGACCUCGACACACCCAUCAAGUCCUUCGCUGACCUGCCACAUCGACUCUUCGGCGCGAACCAACACAUGAUCAUCAACUAUGAGCUCAAGGAAGCUCUGCGCCUUAUGCUGCGGCAGUUUAAUGCGCCGAUAAUGUACUGCUUUGCCUACGGUUCUGGUGUCUUUCCGCAGAGCCCCUCGCAGGCUAGUAUUUCGGAAUCGGACUUUCGCGCUGUGCAUCCGAAUCCACCGGAGGCGCUUAUAAAGUCGCAGAAGGGAUCGCCGAAAGUGCUGGACUUUAUCUUUGGUGUAUCGCAUGUUGAGCAUUGGCAUUCGAUCAAUAUGAAGCAACAUAGGAAUCAUUAUUCGGGACUGGCUUCGCUAGGCUCGGGUGUUGUAUCGCGUGUGCAGAACUGGGGUGCUGGCGUUUACUUCAAUCCAUACGUCGAGGUCAACGGUAUGCUCAUCAAGUACGGCGUCACAAGUAUCGAUAACCUCGUUCGCGACCUUUCUUCAUGGGAUAGUCUAUACCUCGCUGGUCGUCUUCAAAAGCCCGUCAAGAUUCUCCGCGACCAUCCUCGUGUCCGACUCGCCAACCAACAUAACCUCAUCGCCGCUGUUCGAACAGCUCUUCUUCUCCUCCCACCACAGUUCACAGAAGCUGAACUCUACAGCACCAUCGCAGGUCUGAGCUAUCUAGGCGAUCCACGAAUGGCUCUCCCAACAGAGAACAAGAGCAAAGUCACAAACAUUGUCGACAACAACAUCAUUCACUUCCGUCGUCUCUACGCCCCCCUUGUCAAGACCCUUCCAAAUGUCGACUUCACAGGCGCUUGCCGCAUCGACGACACAGACUGGAUCAUGAACCCCGAAGCGGGCAACAAACUCCAACAAGACAUGGACCCCGUUCGCCGCGGUAACAUGGUCAGACGACUCCCCCAGACCUUCCGAUCACGUCUAUACUUCCAGUACCAAAGACGUUUCGGUAUUCCCCGCGGAGAGUUCAACGAGCUCAUGAAGGCUUCAACGGAUGAAGAAGGCGGUGCCGUUAAAAAGAUGCAAGGAGGCGAAUUUGAGCGCCGCAUCGCCACAGACGACGCCCAGAAACUUAACGAAACGAUGCGUAUCGUCAUUAAGCAAACGGUCAAUUGGCCAAGUACCGUACAAAGUAUCAAGGGCUUAUUGAUGGGCGGAUUCUCGAGAACGUGGCGUUAUCUGGGGGAGAAGUAUUCAAAGUAUAAGAAGGAUCAAGAUAGUAAAAAGAGCAAAAAGGCGUGA